ACCCGGAGGCAGCUCCUCACGGCGGGCGCGGUUCAGUCCGGUAGCGGCGGCGGCGGCGGUGGAGGAGGAUGUGGGCCACGCAGGGGCUGGCGGUGGCGCUGGCUCUGAGCGUGUUGCCGGGCGGCCGGGCUCUGCGGCCAGGCGACUGCGAAGUCUGUAUCUCUUAUCUGGGAAGAUUUUAUCAGGACCUCAAAGAUCGAGAUGUCACAUUCUCACCAUCCUCUGUUGAAAAAGAGCUUAUAAAAUUCUGCCGGGAAGCAAGAGGCAAAGAGAAUCGGUUGUGCUACUACAUUGGGGCCACAGAUGACGCUGCCACUAAGAUCAUCAACGAGGUGUCGAAGCCCCUGGCCCACCACAUCCCUGUGGAGAAGGUCUGUGAGAAGCUCAAAAAGAAGGACAGCCAGAUCUGUGAGCUAAAGUAUGACAAGCAGAUUGACCUGAGCACAGUGGACCUGAAGAAGCUCCGGGUUAAAGAACUCAAGAAGAUCCUGGACGACUGGGGGGAGACGUGCAAAGGCUGUGCGGAGAAGUCUGACUACAUCCGGAAGAUUAAUGAACUGAUGCCUAAAUAUGCCCCCAAGGCAGCCGGUUCACGGACUGAUUUGUAGUCUGCCCGCCCCCCGCUGCACCUGUGGGGAAAGCAUUCCACUUGCGUCUUCCCUGCAGCCUUUUUGUAAUUUAUUUUUUUAGGCAGGCUCCUGACAAUGUCAGGUGUGAAGCCUGGAGCUCUCCUGCCGAUGCUGGCUCUACAGCGCCCCCUGGGGGGUUCACUUUGUUCUGUUGCUGGUUUACUCUAGGACUUCAAAGUGUGUUUGGGAAUUUUUUAUUAAAGGAAGAACAUUUCUAGCUGUC